AUGACAUCUUCUGAAACACCAUCAUCACAACCACCAUCACAAGAAGCUUCUUCAACUCCUAAUUUAGUUCAACAUAAUGUUAGACAAAAGACUGAUAUAGCUUGGGCACAUUGUACUAAAAGUCCUGAUGGAAAAAAUCUUGUUUGUAUCUAUUGUCACAAAGCGUUUGGUGGAGGUGGAAUUCAUAGGGUAAAGCAACACUUGGCGGGAGUAGUAGGAAAUGUUGAAAUUUGUAAGUCAGUUCCUACAGAAAUUCGUUUUCGGAUGAAUCAAUAUCUUAAUGAGCGGAGCAAGAAAAGAAAAACUCCAGAUGUGGCUGAAAGUGAGUCAUUUUCUGCAGAGGGGGUGAAUUGA